CAGGCUAGGUUCCACCACUGCUACCUGACAAGCACCAAGGAAUGGACCCUCAAUAAACAUUGAUGCUGCACUGACCAUCCAGAUCUUGCAGCGCAAGUAUCGUCAAAUCAGACCACCACCCCAACCACAGCGGCGCGAUAUUAGUGGAUGACUUUUCAGGAAACCGAAUACGAGUCGGCUGCUUCUGAUUCGCCAAUGGGUUACGCCAGUGGACUCCCUGGCCUUCCCACCCAACUUGAGCCAAAAGUCCAACAUCAGAAACUGGUCAACGCGGGCCUUGGGAAAGCCCAUCCCGCUGGAUCAUGCGAUUCCCCAAGUGACGAACUGCCCACUGGGACAUUACCUCGGACGACUCUCCAAGGAUGCAAUGGGCCUGCCUACACCGACUCACCCGAGUUUCGUAGUUGCCCGCCUGCGACUGGAGAUGGGUCGGAUGGAAUUAAAAGAAGGGCCCAUCCCGCCCAAGAAAAUCUGCUGCCUCUUCGUUGGAAGCUUGUUCGGCAUCGACUUACAGCAACACUCGCCAUCUUGACACUUUUCUUUGGUCUUUGAUUGCCAUCUCAGCUGUACCCUGACCCCCAAACUCUAAGAUCGGGCCAUUGUCAGAGAAGAAGCCGUUGACUGUCGACGUUGGCUCAGUCUCUCGGCGUCCGUCGUGGCACUUUCUCACUCAUCCCCCGCCUCGCAAACGUUGGACAAGCACGAGUUGCAGUCUGCUACAAAGCUCACAGCAAUAUCCCUGUCCAAGUCUUCUGGUGGAAGCUCUUACCGACGUGAAA